GGGAUUCCUCUGUUGCCCGUCCACUUCAGUUCAGUCCAGUCAUCAGUAGACUCCACCUCGGCUUUUCUUUCAACCUCAAAUUGAAACAAGGAAGUAACAAAUAUUCGCACCUUUUCUGUAAUUCAUGGAAAAACGCCCAAACCCUGUAAGGAGACGGAAACCGGAGGGGAGAGGGAAGAGUUUCCAGGUUCUCACCGAGUCUCUGCAGCGGGGGUGAGUGAGAAGCUGCGCCGGGGGAAGCGUCUCUUCACCUGGGGAGAGGUGGGACAACACCGCGCUACACGGGGAAGAUCCACACCUGUAAACUCCGUGCAAUGGGGAACAGGAGGACACAUUUAAAACGCAGUUUGAUCUGCAUCCUGGGGACGGCGGCCAUCUUCCUCAUCUAUCUCAGCUUUCGUGGCACAUGGAGUAACUGGCGUCCUGGACCUUUGUCAACGUAUCAUGUGGCCUAUCCACGAAACUACAAAUUCAUCAUGGACGACACGCCGACGUGUAGGACCAGGUCUCCUUUCCUGCUCAUGAUGGUCCCAGUCUCUCCCAGUGAUGUGGCGGCUCGGGACGCCAUCCGAAAGACAUGGGGAAGUGAGACGGUGGUUCAGGGUCAGGUGGUGGGGACGCUCUUCUUAGUGGGCCGGCCUGGAGGAGCUGAUGCUGACCAGCAGCAAGAGAAACUCAGUCAGGAGAAUCAUCAGCACCACGACCUGAUCCAGAGCGACUUCCUGGACAGCUACCGCAACCUGACCAUCAAGACCAUGGUCAUGCUGGAGUGGCUGGCUGCUCACUGCACCAACGCCGCGUACGUCCUGAAGAUUGACUCGGACAUGUUGGUCCAUGUCCCCAACUUGGUCAAACUGUUGCUGGAUCCCGGCACGGCCAAACAAAACUACAUGACAGGUUUGGUGUGGUGGCACAGCCCAGUUUUGAGAGACCCAUUAAAUAAGUUCUACCUCCCGACAGACAUUAUGGCUGAGCCGGAGUACCCCCCCUAUCCUCUGGGCAUGGGCUACGUCAUGUCCCUGGACCUUCCCGGCAAGAUUCUGCAGGUCUCUACUCAGAUUAAACCGAUCUUCAUUGAAGACGCCUACCUGGGGAUGUGUCUGAAGCUCCUGGGCAUUUCCCCCACCAACCCCCCGGAAAACACCAUGUUCAUCGUGGACCCCGUGCAUCCUCUGAGCACCUGCAGCCUCUCAAAGGUCAUCGCCGUGACCACCACCAGCAUCCCACAGAUGACAGGUUACUGGGAGACGAGCAGAGGACCAGACGCUGAAUGCUAAACUUCAGAUCAUGGUAGUUUAAACUGAAAGUAGUUUCUUGUGGGAGGUGGUGGGGCGACUCUACUUACGUUAUCACCUCAUUCCUGUUUUAGAAUUUAAUUUGAAGUUUAAAGUCUUUCUCAGUCUUGUGUAUCCGACCUACACAGCAGCUCCCACCUCUACAUCCUCGGGCAGGCGUCUGCUGCCGGUCUCAGAAAGCUGGUCGGAAACUAAAGGGACCAAAAUCAUCUGACAUCUGUCUCUGAGAGGAUCUGGAACGAUCUGUCCCCGAGGAUAUAAUGUCGGCUGACUCAAGUUUUUUUUUUGAGAGACCUCUCUGGUUUUACUUUAAUUUGAAUUUUCUAUGAGUCGUCGUUUUGAACUUUUUCAACCGCUGUCUUUAAAUUGACUGAAUUUGAGACGUCUUUUAGUUGCUGCCUCCUUUUUUUUCCUUUUUAGUAAAGAUGAUUGUUGUGUUUGCAGACAACUUGGAGGCAACUUCCCCCUUUGUUACACAGAAAGAUGUGUGUGUGGACAAGUGUCUCAGGUCGGACACGCAUCAGAACAUCAUGUGGAUUUAGAUACUGAACAUAAUAUCUGAUUCUCCUCAUUAGAGGUUGUCAAAGUGAGAUUUUGUCAGAGUUGUAGUAUAAUAGGCCAAAAUUAUUGAAAUAACACACCAAUAAAUAAAUAUAAAUAAAUGAAUACGAUUUAGUAAUUGA